AUGGUUGUUUUCCCUCUUCAUGUUGCUGUAAAUUUCGAAGAUCUUCUGCUUGAAUACCCGCCUGUCAUGCCAGUAGAAAUCAUAGCACGCGUCACAAAUCUGGUUGCUCAGGGUCCUGAGCUUCUCCUCGGUCAUGUCGACUUUGGGUUCUUCCUGCCGGAGCUCUGUGAGGCCGCGCUGCAGACACUCGAAGAACUUGCCUCCAUACGUGUCCCGGAUGUUCUGCUUAUCCUGUUCGAGAAUCUCCUUGAUGCUAUACGUCUCAUUCUCUCCAGUUUUGGCGCGCUUGGCGCCCUUUGUCUUGUUGGCCAUGGCGGCAGGGGCUCAACAAGCCGCCCGAGGCGUCACGUGAAUUAA